AUGUCUUCAGCCUUUAAGUGGCAUAUCCCUCGAAUUCCUACUCGCGCGAUUCGCUUGGUCCAUCUUCACCGACGCGCUAUAUCCUUUUUGAAGAACCAUGGGAUGUUCACUGUUCAGAUAUACGACCCGGAAGUUGACCAGUAUGCGAUCAAAGACCUGAGAUCCCUUCAGAUAAAGGGACUCUCUCUAAUUUUUAGCAGAGAUAUUAGCAGCCGCAGGAGGCAGCACAGUGAAGACGAGCCAGAAGAAUACGAUGUGGAAGAAGAAGAGGAGGAAGAGUCAGAAGAAGAGUGGCCCGGCCGUGGUCGUCGGAGAAGACGUAGCUGGGACUAUUCAGUGCCAGGCCUUCAAUUUGAUUUGAGCCCUAGCCCAGCGGAGACACAGAAUCGCGUAAAUCUCGAAGGUUCAGUAGAUGAUGCAGAUGAAUCCUGUCGAAAACGUCCGCGCGUGGAACCAUUUCUUCGUGAUCAGGCUGAUCAACUCUAA